AAGUGUUAACUGUUAAGAGUGUUAAGACGUUUUCCAAUUCGCCUUUGACAAGAUACUAAAUUCUCUACUGUAAAUUCAAAUGAUUUUCACAAAUUUAAACGUAUUACGCGUCGGAUGUCGCGACGUUUUAAGUCGAUGGCGAAUGCUAUCGUAGUCUUCGUCAUCUAAAACAUAGUAUCAUAGCAAGUCCAAUUGCAAACAUAUAUUAUUUGUGAAAUCAACGUUAUGACUUCUAUUUGUGUAAUCAACAUUUCUUCACUGCUGUCACUACAUUAAUGAUGAGUGGAGUGCAGUUCAGGGAAAUCCACAAAAACUCGUGGUUGAGAAAACUACCGGCUGGUGUUGACAAGAAGUCUGCUCUGAAACUGACUGGUGGACAGAAACUAUGGACUGUGUUUUGUAUACACGACGAUACAGAACCAGUGUUAGAAUUUUAUGUAGAUCAAAAGAAAGCAGCUGCACAUCGUCCAGAUAAUACCGUACCAUUAUCAGAUACCGUCCAUGUUUCUGCUACUAUUUGUCCUUUACCAGUGAUGGCAGGUGAUCACCAACAACAGUACCAGUAUGAAUUUGUUGUAACCCUCACCUCAGAUGUUGUACGUUUAGCUGCUCCUUCAUGGAAUCAGAUGAUGGAUUGGGUCCAAGGUUUAGACAUGAAAUUGCGUGAAAUGCAUAUAUUGUCCCCAAAAGAAAAUGUCUAUACCAAGCCACCAGAGUCUAGACCCCCUCUAUUACCAACUAGAGAUCCCAACUCUCCACUGCCACCACCACCGCUACGGGACUUGUCAACAAAUGUUUUACCUGGUGUUGAACCCGUUGUCUCAGUAGUUCAAUCAAUAGGUAUAGAUGAAGGUCUUUCUUCAGAAAUUGAACAAACUUUUUCAACUCCACCUAUUAGCCCUAAUCCAAUAAGUCCCAGUGAACCAGUGAAUAAUAUUACCAUUGUAGAAGUAAUAAAUCACAAUCAAGUAUUUAAUUUUAAUCAAAUGGAACAAGUUUUAAACCAAACAAAUGAGCAAUCAUCUCAAACAUUAUCUGAACCAUUAAUAAAUUCUCCUAGGCCCAGUAGAUCAACUAGUUCUACAACUGAAAAUGUUGCUUCUCCAAGGUCGAAUAGUAGACACCAUCCAGUUCGAAAUGCAUCUAUUUUAGAAGAAUCUGUUAGUGGUGCUAGGUCUAGUAGUCAUCCAGAAUUUAGUGAUAGAACAACUAAUGUUGAUGACAUGCCACAAAGAUCUACCAGUGAAGUACAAAAUGAAGGUCAACGAAUUAAAGUCAGAAUUGCUGAACCAGAAGAUGGUUGGCAUAGAAGAAGAACAAAGAGACAAGAUAUUAUACCUCCAAUAACUGAUCAAGAAGGAACUAGUAAUUAUGAACAUUUAAUAUUACCUACAGCUAUGCAGUCUAGACCACCACCUGCUUCAUCCAAUUCAGUACCUGCAGAUAUUGCGAUAUUACCAAUAAGAUCUCAAUUACCAAUUGGUCGAGGUCGUGGUGCUCGUCGAAAAGUUAACGGCGAUAGCUCACACCCUGCAUUAGGAGCUGAUAGAAUUCGUGUAGCAGUAAAUAGUAGUACACACAAUAUGUUACAGCCAGUUCCAACACCAUUUACCCCUACAGAAAAUAGAGAUUUAUUCAGUCCAAGUCGGUUAACUGUUCGUGAAAAGCAAGUCCUCCAACUACGAAAAGAAAUGUCCCAUCUCGCUGGUGUACGGUUACAAUUGAGACGUAAAGAUUGUAUUAAUACUAUUGCUUUGGUUGAUGUCUUUCAAACUGUUUGGAUUGCUGGAUGGAAACAGAAGGAACAUCCCAUGUUGCAUAAUGCUUUACAUUUAGGUGAUCAAUUGUUGAGUGUUGCUGGAAAACCUGUAACAUGUUCAACAGAUGCUCAUAAAUUAAUACGAGCAUGGCCAAGCCUCUAUGUUGAAUUAAUUAUUAGGCGUGUUCCUUGUGGACGUGUAUUUGUAGUACGCCGACAAGAGCAAGGCCAAGAUCUUGGAAUCAUCCAAGAAGGUGGUACAGCUGAAAUUAAAGAUAUACUGCCAAAUAGUUUAGCUGCUGCUCACGGCUUAUCAUCUCGCACUCCUACCUUAGAUGGAUUGUCGUUUACUUCUUGGACACUAACAGAGAUAAAUUCUCGCCCAUUAAACUUAUUGUUUAAAGAAACUGAAGUUAGAGACCGUCUGAAUGCAGUUGGAUUAGACAUAUCAUUACUAGUGCAACCAACUGAUCUUAUAUCAGCACUACGCAAACAGCUUAAAUCCUUAAAAUCAUUCAAAGACUUCUUGUUGAUAUAAACUUCACUACAAUUACUGGACAAGAUCGCGAAUGCAGGGUCAAUACAGAAGAAAUAUGUUUUAGGUAUACUAUUAAAUAAGAAAUAUCAGACUAUAUUUUACUAUAUAGAAUUAAAGUAAAUAUAUUUUUAUUACCUAUAACUUACCUAAAUGAAAAAUGGGAUUAAGAAUUUUUCAAAUCAGUAUUUUUUCUAUAACAUUUAAAGUUAUUGUUUUCUGUGAUAAUUUUGACAAAAAAAUAUUGAGAAUAUAUAAAUUAUAGUUUUAAUUUUAAAUGUCAGUUGGCCCAUACUAAUAUAAACAUUUCUAAUUAAAAACUGAAUUAUUGAAAUUUGUUAUUUGUCAAAAUUGUAAGAUGUACUGCGUCAUAUAUGUGCAAUAUUAUUAUAUUUUGUUUUGUUUUCGUUAGUAAUAUGUUUAGAAAUUAAAUUGCAAAUUUUCUUUUUAUUGUAAUAAUUGAUUUGUCAUACUAGUGGCGUAUACAAGAUUUUUUCAAUUAAGAGGGUUUUUAAUUUUUUAAACAAAUACAUAUAAUUUGUAUUAGAUAAUAAUAAUUUAAAAUUAGUGAAAUUUGUAAAUCAAUCUAUUUUGAGAAUUGCAAUAAAAUUUUUAUUUUCUUGAUCUCCUUCUACAAUUUAUUAAUAAUAACUUAUUUUGUAUGAUACAAAUACAUUCUAUUCAACACCGACUUCUCGUAUACGCCACUAUAUCACGAAGUGUUCAACUGAGCCAUAUAGUAAUACCAAAAGUGAUCAAAAACCCAAAAACAUAUAUACAUACUAGGUAUACAAAAUAAUAAUUUUUAUACAAAAAUGUCAUGCAAAUAGCUAUUUGUAACAAACGGUUUUUGCUUCUGAUGUUACCUAGAAGAUUUUUAUUUAAAUUGUGUGAUUGACUACAGUUUACUGCACAAUCCUUUAAAAGUAUAUAUAUGCUAAUACUCUAACUAUAUUAUGUUUUUUUGGAGGGCUGAAUUUACAUUAUUUUAAGUAUUUAUUUUAUAGGAUAUCAUAAACUAAAUAUUAAUGUCUUAUAUUAAAAAUGUAAUUUUAAACCAUUGUGGUUAUGAAUAUCAGCCAUUUAUAUUUUAUUAUUUGCUGGCUAGUAGAGAUACUAAUAAUAUAAAAUACAAUUUAUCAUAUAAACCUA